AUGGCACACCUCUCAAUCUCCCCCUCCGCAAUCUUCUCCCCUACCGUAGCACGCCAACAACAAGCGACCGCCAAAGACUGGAACUACAUCGACUCGUGGCUCUUCCAGAAAUACAACAACAAAACGCCUCCCGCAUUCGAACGCAACGCCGAAACCCUCAAGACCCUCCUCGCUCUCGCAUCCCUCAACGAGUCAGCCGACGAAGAGCGCGAACUACUCACACGGAUGGAAGCCAAGACCCUCUCCGACCUCCACACCGCCGAAGCCAGCAACCCGAAUAAAGAGCUCCUGGCCUCCCUCGAAGAAGCCCUCACGACCGACGGCAAAACAAGUCUCGAGGCCCUCGCAAACCUCAGCGUGGUCCUCGAUGAACCACUCCCCGACACUAGGACGCUAGCCCAGAAAAUCGUAGAACUACAUAUCGCAUCCGCGGACCUGGCGCAGACCACCGAGCGUGUAACGAUCAUGCAGACGCAACUCGCGAACGAACUCAGCAGACUGAACAACCUAGUCGCCGACCUACGCAGUGCGGUUUUCCUGCCUCCCAGCGAGCUCCCGCAGACGACGCAGGAUUUCCAGCGGAGAGUGAGGAAUCUGGCGGCGCAGAUACCGGCGAUGAGGGAGAGGGUUGCGGCGAGGGGGGAGGUGGUUACGUUUGAGGAGGUGCAGAGGGAGGAGGAACGGUAUAGAGCGUUGAAGGUUACGGUCAGCGAGUUGGAGAGACAGGUUAAAGGCUUUCAUGGAUUGCCGCAGGAUACGGAUUUGGCGCGGUUGGAGCUGGAAGGGGUGAGGGUUGAAUUGAGAGAUUUGGCGGGGCAGAGGGAUAGUAUGUUUGAGGGGCUUGUGGAGAGGGAGACGCCGAGGAAACCGAGACGUUAG